ACCUCUAAACAAAACAGACACACAACCUUCACUUCAUGUCAUUGUGGGUGGAUAAAUACAGACCCAAGAGCUUGGAAGCGACCGAUUACCACCCGGAAAUUGCGGACCGGUUGAAGGCGCUUGCCUCUUCGAGCGACUUCCCGCACUUGCUUGUCUACGGCCCGCCGGGGGCAGGGAAGAAGACGCGGAUUCUUGCAACAUUGCAGCAGUUGUACGGGCCGGCGGUGGAGAAGAUGAAGAUUGACGUGCGCCAGUUCCAGACGGCGAGCAACCGCAAGCUCGAAUUCAAUGUGGUUUCGUCAUCGUACCACUUGGAAAUCACGCCUUCGGACAUGGGUAAUAACGACAGGGUGGUAAUCCAGGACUUGUUGAAGGAGGUGGCGCAGACAGAGCAGGUGGACUUCAGCGGAAAGCACCGCUUCAAGGUUGUGAUCAUCAACGAAGCCGAUAGCUUGACGAGAGACGCGCAGGCGGCGUUGAGACGAACAAUGGAAAAGUACUCGGGAAACAUUCGGUUGGUGCUUUUGUCUAACACCACGUCGAACAUCAUCCCACCAAUCAAGUCCAGAUGCUUGUUAGUGCGUGUGGCUGCGCCGUCCGAGGCGGAGGUAGCGACAAUUUUGGACAAGGUGUGCAAGAAGGAGUCGGUUUCGGUUGUGGAGACUGAACGGUCCCAGGUUUUGCAGCUGAUGGCGGCUCAUUCCGGUCGAAACCUCCGCAAGGCGCUCUUGCUUCUUGAGGCGAUGGUGAUGCAGAAUGAUCAUUUGUCGCUUAAAACGCCAGUUAUCCAGCUCGACUGGGAGGGCGUCAUCAGAGACUUGACUGCCAGUGUGCUCAAGGAGCGGUCGGUGGCGAAGUUGCAACUGGCGCGGACGGUAUUUUACGAAUUGUUGUCGCAUUGCAUUCCGGCCAAGGUAAUCUUGAAGACCGUGUGCUGGGAGCUUUUACGGGGAGUGCAGCGCGAUUCUUUGAAGGUGGAGAUUAUUGAAUUGGCCAGUGUUUUUGAUGAGCGGUUGAGUUUGGGCCAGAAAGCGAUUUUCCACUUGGAGGGAUUUUUAGCGAAGGUGAUGGUGGCGAUGGAACAAUGAGACGGGCAAGUGAUACAAGAAAACGUUCGAAGCGAAUGAAGCGCGCGAUAUGAAUCCUCAUAACUGGUAUAAACUUGGCCCAAAAUACGUAGAGCAAAAAUAAAAAAGAAAGAUAAUUAUUAAACAUAAAACGAAGGAAUCAUUCUAGAUUGGG